UCUUCCCCGUCAUGAUCCUGGCCCUGAUCCUGGUGAGGCGGCUCCUGGAUUUCGUCUUCUCCCAGCACGACCUGGCCUGGAUCGACAACAUCAUCCCCGAGAAGGAGAAGAAGAAGGAGGACGACAAGAAGAAGAAGAAGAAAGGCAACAAAGGCGACAGCAGCAGCGAUGAGGAGUUCCCACCUCCCUCAGUCAUUAAGAUCCCCCUGGAGCCCCUGCCCGCGCAGCCCCGAAACGGGGGCCCCCAUUGCCUCAGCCGUAAGUAACGAGCCCAGGAGCCUCCUCCUAACCCCAUCCAUGGGCUCCGCUCGGCACUAACCCCGCUGGAUCCCGCUGGA